UCUCAGAGUGCGCGUAAAACAACAAAAUAUGCCUUUAUCAGUGUUAUCAGUGUUUAUCAUAGCUACGAGCUGUAAUUGAGGCGACUCAUCGCAAGGAUUCCGCUGGCAACUCGAGCUGCUGUCCACUUUCAGGACGCCCCAAACAACAGCCGGCAUAGUUUGUCUGUGCGAUCCACCCAGUCGGUACCCUGCAUCCGGUCGAACUAGAAUGUUGUGUAGAGGUUACCCCACCCCCUUCCCGUCGUUGUGAUCGAGGCCUUGAAGGACUCGUCCAGAAGGACGGUCGGCAAAUGGCAUCAUACCUAGCCGUCUCUGCUGCAGGAGACUUAACGUGAUCUUAGCGGUUCAGGACUUUGUUCAACUCAUAAAUGUGCCUGGGGAACAGGGGUACCAUGCUGUGACCAGGACCUGCACUUUGGUAUUUCUGCAAGUGUGACAAAACUCUUGCCUUCGAGCACUUGGGAAAAGCUUAAUGCCAUACCCUGCGGCAGUAAUCUGGUGAAGGCGACCGAAGGCGCUACGAACAGUAGCCAUAAAAUAAGUACUGCCAUAGCUCUGCGCUCCUUACAGAUGCCACUGUUGCCAUGUGGGAUGAGAGGCCCCAUGGCGGCCCCACCAUCCAGUAUAUAUUCUAUGUGAAACUGUGCAUAUUCCAGUUUUUAUUCGAGGCCCUAGCCGAAAUGGUUAUCAAUCAGAUUUCGGAUCAGAGAGAAACCACAGUAAUGGUGGCCCACAGUAAUCAAGGAUCGGAAGUACUUUCAGAGGCUGGUUGGCCAAUAUGCGAUGUGACCAAUGACAAAGAACGCUCGGAUGAGUACACGCGCAAAUACAAGGAGUUUGAUGUCUUACAGUUUGCCAUUAGUUUGUAUCUUCGGCAGCAGCGUCAUGGCUAGGUAUUCGAGCGCUUCAAGGGCAACCAGUUAGCACUGGCGCAGUUCAUGCGCGACCAUCCAUUACUGGGCUGGAUUCAGCUUAUAAUCAACGGCACCUACGAGCGGGCGGCAAAGGUGAUGUCGCAAAACGAGAAGGAGUGGACAAGAUUAAUACUGAUCUAACGCUCAACGAGUAUCAGUUGUAGUUGAUUCUUGGUCUUGACCCAGUAGCACAGAAAGUGAUCAAAUCUUAGGAUAUAAUUGAUGUAAGUCUGGACAGACCAUAAGGUCUAAAAAGUAUACAUCGCCGACAAAAACGACACUGCCAUCGAAGUGGAGAUUGACAAGGCCUUUGGGCUUCUGAGCUUUAUGGAGCAGCUGUACGAUCUGCGACACAAGAUCUGGUGUGCAUCGACAAUGAUCCCAAUUUUACCCUGGAAUACAUGCAAAAGCUAAUGCUCUUCAAAAUCAUUGAAAUCUCGGAACUUAUGGGUCAGUAAGGCGACAUCUUUCUACCACCCAUGGAGGAGAGCACAGAACUGGUCUAUCUGCGGCAGAACAAGUCGUUCCAAUAUCUCUUGAAACUGACGCGUAUGAGGCUGAUAUAUUCUAAAAGCCAAAAGACAUGGAAGUCUAAUUAUGUGUUGCAUACACAAGCAUUUACAUUUAUUAAAGUUUAAGCUUUAAGUUAAAGAUGGACAGUUUUUAAACUGAUGUGGCUUGUGGGCUGGUGGACAGUUGCCAGCUUUGUUACUCCUCUGCUCAACCGCUGGGAUUAUAAUAUAUUAUAUACUGGGUUUCUUCGUCAGCCUCAAGCACACUGGCAAAACGCGGAGCUGCCGGCGAAAGUAUCUGAAGUGUGGCGAACGGAGAGGAAGCCCUCUAAGUGUUGGGUUGGCGCAACUUUACAGUCGAGUCGCCGUGGGCCACUGGCCCUUCAUCAGUGAGCGCAUCAGUUCAGCUUCGAUCAUGACGGACGAAACAACGCCACUCACCACCGACGUUGCCAGUGGCUCUGGUUAUGUGGCGCUGCCUCCUUAUCAAGGACCAGAACACGUAUUUCCAGGCGGUGUCUCACCGCGUUCACGUCGGAGCAAAAUGAAACAGUUCCAGUGUUGUAUGGGAAUUACAUUCAUAGUCAUUGUGUUUGUCGCUUUGGGCCUGGCCCUGUUGUUCGACGACUCGCUCAGCAACACGGAUGGUGGUCCCAGCUUUUUCUUGGCCAUAAAUGGAACAGACAUGGAGCUGCCACCGACGACACCAAUUCCAGAUGAGCCGGAAGCGGAUUGGGCCCUAAAACAGGCGGCUGUCGAUCGUCAUGAGGAGGCUCGAUCAGUUGGCGUCGGCAUCAAGGCGCUGGGGGAUCGUGAGAUAUUGGAGGAAGGCCUACAGCCGAAUGAGGUCAACACGCCAGCGUUCCGGCACUAUCGUUCCCUGAGCACCAAUCCAGAGGCUCGGAAACUGGCCCGUCGUGGUUACGUAGAGAACCAGGCGACCAUGGACAUUGCCCGAAGAUUCAACUACACCAAGCAGCCGGGUCGAAGUAAUAUUGGUUGGGGCCCGCAGAUCGUGCUGCCGGAUCCCACGGUGCUCCGGUUGGACUGCGACUUCAAUGCCCGCUACAGGCGAUCAACUGGCGUCUGCAAUAACAAAGAGCAUCCGCGCACAUUUGGAGCCUCGAUGGUGCCCUACCGCCGCAUGGUGGCACCGGACUACUCCGAUGGCAUUGCAGCUCCCAGGAUCAGUCAUGAUGGACACCUGCCGCCGGCACGCCAAGUCUCCCUGAAGAUUCAUCGUUCCAGCUACGAGACGGACUCAAACUUCACCGUGAUGCUGGCGGUCUUCGGCCAGUUCAUGGACCACGACAUCACCGCCACAUCGCUGACCACCUCCCAAGAGGGCGAGUCCAUCAACUGUUGUGCGGCAGCCACACGCGAACAGCAUCCGGAGUGCUUUCCCGUGGAGAUACUCCCCGACGAUCCCUACUACAAGCGGUACAAUGUCACCUGCAUGAACUUUGUUCGCUCUGCGCCGGCGCCCAUGGGCAGAUUCGGGCCGAGGAUGCAGCUGAACCAGGCCACCGCAUUCAUUGAUGCCUCUGUGGUGUACGGCAAUCUGGAGCAGCGGCAGAACCAGCUUCGCAGCUUCAUCAACGGCACGCUGCGCAUGUUCCUAACUGACGACGGACGAGAGCUGCUUCCGAUCUCGUCCAAUCCGGCAGAUGGCUGCAAUCGCGUCCAGAUGACACGACAGGGCAAGUACUGCUUCGAGUCUGGCGACGAUAGGGCCAACGAGAAUCUGCUGCUCACCUCCAUGCACCUGCUUUGGGCCAGGCACCACAAUAAUCUGGCUCGAAGCCUGCACGAAGUGAAUCCCAACUGGGACGAUGAGCGGAUCUACCAGGAGGCCCGUAAGAUUGUCGGCGCACAGAUGGCCCACGUCACCUACAAUGAGUUCCUGCCGGUGCUGCUCGGCAGGAAUCUGACACGUGUCAAGGGUCUUCUACCGGCCAGCCACAACCUCGACGAGCCGGAUACCUACGAUCCCCAGGUGGAUCCCAGCAUUGCCAAUUGCUUUGCUGCGGCCGCCUUCCGGUUUGCCCACACCCUGCUGCCGGGUCUGUUCAAUGUUUCACGGGACAAUAGUACGCCCGAGGCAAUAGAGCUGCACAAGAUGCUCUUCAAUCCUUUCUCGCUGUGGAAUGAGCACGGCAUUGACCACGCCCUGAAUACAGCUGCCAAUACGCCGGUGAUGCGCGUGGAUCGCUUCUUCUCUCUGGAGGUCACCCAGAAACUGUUUGAAGGCAAUCCCGACGAUCCGGUUCCGCUUUGCGGUCUGGACUUGGUCUCGCUGAACAUUCAGCGUGGUCGCGAUCACGGCAUACCCGCCUAUCCGGUCUUCCGGCGUCACUGCCGCCUGCCCCCGGUGGACACCUGGGAGCAGAUGGCCCAGGCCGUUGACAACGCCACACUGGCGUCCAUCAAGCAGAUAUAUGAAUCACCGCAGGAUGUGGAUGUCUAUACUGGAGCCGUCAGCGAGCCACCGCUGGAGGGUGCCAUCUUUGGUCCGCUGCUGAGCUGCAUGGUAUCCGACCAGUUCCUGCGCCUCAAGCUGGGCGACUCCCACUGGUACGAGCGGAAAAUGGGACCCCAGAGGUUCACCAAAGGACAACUGACGGAGAUCUACAAGACAAGUCUGGCUGCCAUCAUCUGUCGAAAUUCGGAUGGAAUAACGCGAAUUCGAGAGCGUGUCAUGGAGCGUCAUCGAGUGGAUGACAAUAGCUACGUCAACUGUCAGGAUUUGCCGGGCUUCAACUUGGAUCUCGAGGCCUGGUCAGAGGUCAAGCAGUCGCCAGAGCUCCACAGGACGAGUAUCAGUCGGGCGGACAAGGCGGUGCGGGUAAUAUCAAAGGAGUCCAAGAGAGCAAUCAAUGUCACGCUGGAUCCAGGAAGUGUUGGAAAUGUAUGAGGUUGAUUAGGCUCGGCUAGAAACCCAUAAAAUUGUUGUAUGAAAAAAUGCCAAAUAAUUGUGAAAAUCCAAAACGAAUCUGCAGUUUCCGGGCAUUCCAUUCCGGACAGCGUCCUUUGGCUGCCCAGCAACAACAUCAUGAUAAGGCACUUCAAUUCCUAUUUACUUGCCUUUUAAAGUGCAUAUUACAUACUCGUAUAGUCGUGUCUAAUUGUACUUAUUAAAAAUAUAAAUUAAUAGCAAAUAAUGACAAUUAAAGUAAGCUUGUAAUCAAACACGAA